CUUCGUAACAAUUGCAGGGGUCAAAGAUGUCUCUGGAAUUUAUUAUAGGGGAACAACAACAAGAACGUCGUUGAUCUUCGUUUUUCCCGAAUCAUUUUGUGCUUCUAAAUUUAUGAUUGUUGUUUUCUGAUUGAGCAAAAGCAGAAGCAAAAGUAUUGCAUAGUACUUUGUUAUCAUUUUCUUUUAUCGGAGUUGUACCACUUUUACUGUUUUUGAUUCUGUACAAAAUGGGUGGGGCGCGAUCACGGUCUCGAGGCAGAGGUGGUGGCCGAGUCCGAGGUAGAGGUGGCGGCGAUCGAGGCGUUGCUCGGGAUAGUAGGCGACGCGACGGCGAUCGACAGACGAGAGGUGAUAAUGACCGGCGUCCUGCUCGAGGCGACAAAGACAAUCGAGGUGAUGGACGCGGAAAGAGCAGUCCUGAAGGACGCGGAAAGAGCAGUUUGUUUUCCAAGGGAGGGUCCUCGAGGAACAAUGGAGGUGGAGGUGACCGUACAAGGGAACAGCGAAGUGAUGAGGAUAAAAAUACAAGAGGUGGGGAGACGAGCAAAAAUACAAGAGGUGGAGGAGAUAGGAGUGGGAGAAAUUCCGCUGCGCGCACUACAUCAAAAGACGAAGGAACAAGAGGAAGGAGAACAAGUGGAGCAGCGGCCGACAAGGGUGGAGCAGCUCCUGACAAAAAAAAUGCAUCUUCAUCAAGUACCGGAGCCGGUGAUCGGAAGAAAUCCAGGGACCGAAGCCCUAGAGCAGAGGGUUCCAGAAGAGCAGACGCAACAAGUGCGACCGAUCGAGCGGGUUCCGACGGGAAUGAAAUAAAGAACAAAAUAAAUGGCUCUGACGGGAAUGCGAAGACGAGUCAACGCACCAUGCAGAUCAAGAUCGACCACAGCUCCUUUCGUGGGGAGCGAGGACGCAGAUCGCGGUCGCGCGACGACCGAACGCCUCGAGGUGGACGUAGUAAUCGCAAUAAUAUGCGAGGAAGUGGUGGUCGAAGUGGAGGUAAUCGACGGGAAGGAAGUAGAUUUGACCGCAGUGAGAAGCGUGCCGACAGUCGCGAUAACAAAGACCGACGAAGUAGAGGUAGAGGCCAGCAGUCGCGGAGCAACAAUCGGAACAAUGGAGGUGGAGGAUAUAACUCUCGGAAUAAUAACAAGGCUUCUUCGCUGUUUUCUGGAGGUGAUCGGAACCGCAACAAAGGAGGAGAUCAAGCAGCGAGCGCUUCUUCCAGAGGAGGAGGCUUGUUUUCGGACCUAGCAGCACAAGCUGGUAGCGCAUCUAGCUCCGACUACCACAUGCGCAAGCUAGCGCGAAAUAACCAGCGGGGAGAAGAAAGAAACAAAUUUGAUCGAGACUACGAUCCGAAAACGCAGAAACGGUGCUGCAUCAUCUUCCGCGGUCUUCCGGGUGCUGGCAAGACGACCUGUGCGAACAUGCUCAAAAGUGUCCUAGGCGGAAAUAUUCUCAACUUUGACGAGGUACUACUUGUAAUAUGUAACUAUGUAUAAGUACUAGCUUUCUAGUACUGCAAGAACUACUUGUUACAUGUUCAUCAGUAGUAUCAGUUAUGACUUAUUACACCUUUGUGAAUCUACAAUUUGAGAGAUUUUGAUACAUGCUCACUUUCUUCACAGAAUGAAUGCGAAUACCGUAGUUGUACAACGACAUCUUCACACAAUGCCUCCCCGACAUCUUGACCGCAGGUAGUGCACAAGUACCAGGCGAGAAUAAAGCAAGGUGUAAUUGAGUCACUGGAUUUUGCCUGGUUGACUGAGGUGGAGAAGGCCAUGGAAAAUGAUAGCAAAAGGUUUCUCUUCAUAGACCGAGUACACAAACUGAAGGACGACCGCGAUGUACUAGAGGACAUCAUUGAGGAGCGGUUCGUCAAGGAAGCUGGCGGGAAGGUACUUCUAUUUGGAAAUUUGUCCUCCUCCUCGACAAGCUCGAUGUCAGACGGACUACGGAGACAUUUACCAAGUAUAAGGACAACUUUCCUCAUUCCGCAUUGCAUGAAGCAUCGACCACUAAAAGAAAAAAGAACUCUCUUGAAAUGAUUUUUUCAAAAGAUCAAAAUAUUAAAAAUGUUUCCUUCAAAAUCAAAAUAAGUAAGGUACUCUUCGUCGAUUUCGUUCAUGCGGAGGAUCCCAAGACUCAGAGCCCCGAUGGCGAUUUCGUGUACCGCGGACCGUACAGUGCCGAGCACAUUGACGUAUGCGCCAAGCGGGUCCAAAAACGUGCCGGCGCGCACUACACGCAUCUUCCCGGCACAGGACUGCAGGCGGAAAGCAAGGCUCUGGAUAUCGUGUCCAAGUCCGCCGCUUUGAGCGAAUUUUUAUCGGUGAAUGAGCGCGACCGAUGGGGAAAGUACUUCUUCUGUCCGGUCGAAUACAGCCCAGUGGGACAGACGACGGAAAUCAUUACGGCCCUACGUAGUUUUCUGCCAGACGGCUGGCAGCUUUUGAACGAUUUCGCAGCCAAAAAGAGUACAACUUCUUCUGGGAAGAAGACUACAACAGGAGAGGAUGAAGAUGGUGAAAAAGAUAAGGAGGACGCUGAGAAAAAAGAAACUGGAGAAGAUGGUGCAACAGAGGCACCAGCUGUAAAUGGAGGUAGUGAGCAAGUCGGCGGCGCGACAUCUUCAACUUCUUCUGAAGCGAAAAAGGAAGAAGGCGAAGCAGUUAGUGCGAAAAAAGAUGGAAAUUCUCAUGGAGAGGAUGCAGAGAACAAAACCUCAGAAGAUGACAACAGUAAGAAGUUUGUCCUGAUUGAUCCUGAGCAGCUCAAAAAGAAGCUGCUGCGCACACUAGAUGACCUGAAUCAACGGGAACGGCUCUGGCGCGGCGUGCAGGAAAGCGAAAUAUGCGCACAUUGCAAGGUGGAGCAGGAUCAAGUGAAAGAUGGCCUCACGAAUAUCACCAGCGUACUUCUGAAGGAAGAGGAAGAGGAAGUGCUCGCACAAGGCCGCAUAUGGAGUAAAGCAAGAUCAAAGGUACUGCUAUAUAUAAGUUCAAGAUUAAAGUUACUUUUGUACUUGUAAGAAAGUUGAAUGUCCUCAUAAAAGUUUGUUUUGUAGUUCGAUGCACCACCGCCAACAUGAGCGAGGAAUAAAUCCUAAACAUAAGCCCACCAACGCUAAAUACUAGGUUCGUGACACGCGUCUCUGUCGAGCCUGCUGGACUGCUUGGAAUUUGGAGCGCAAAGAGAAGGAGAGAGUUGCGAAGGAGAAGGAAGCAGCCGAGAUGGAGGGCGUUCAAGAAAGCAAAAGACUCUACUGGGAGAUUCGUGUUGACGAAAAGAUCAUGAAAAUGGUCUCCGCAUCAAUGCCGGAAAAUAUCAAGCCAAUCGAGGAGCCGCACGUGACGCUAGUUUACUUCGGCGCAGGCACGCAGGAAGAAGAGGAAGCGCAAAAUGCUGGAGUGGACAGCGUUGAAGUAUAUUUGAUUUUUUUUGAUGAUUCAGACAGUUCUUUCAGAGUGAGAUAGUAAUAGUUGUUGACGAUGACUUUGACAACUUUGACAUCUCUUAUUUCGAUUUUUCCGAUCACACCAUGACCAUCAAUCACAGUGAUCACCAGUGUGACCCAAUCUUCCCUUGAUUUUACCAUCUACAACUUGAAAAUCUACUUGCCGGAAAAGUAGCUUAUAAACUUGCCUUUGUAUGAGCAGGUUCUCGAGGGGUUGCACGAGACGCUGUCCGCGAUGGACGGGAACGAAGUGGUUGUGAUACUGGAGAAGAUUGUGGUGUCACCAACUUUGGUUUGUGCAGAAGUUUCCAUCGACUCGGACUUAGGCAUGGUGCCUUCAGCGAAGCCGAAGGGAGAGCCUUUUCAUGUGACACUCGGCGUGGCGGAGGGCACCAAGCCCGUCGAGAGCGCCGAGGUCAUCCGCAAAGUGAAUUCGCUGUCUGCUGAGGAACAAGAGGCGAACGGCCUUGCCGCUGUCACGCUCAAGAAACCGAAAAAAUACAACGGCGUCAUUCAAUUGAAAUACACCUGAUUUGAAGAUCAUGGUCGCAGUUUUCUUGAAGCACUCACAACAAAAAUUUAAGAUGACGUUAAACUACUAGCACGCCACAACUACAAGGUGGAAAAUACUUCAGAACAAGUCGUGUUAUUCGUUUUUCUCUUCGCUACAAUACCGCAAUAUUUUUUUUACGUGAUGACCUGAUGUGGAUGCUGUGCUUCGCGGAAUAGAGUAAUCUCCGCAUAGCACCACAUACUACCUUUACGCCUCAUUGCAUGCUUGGUAACAAAGGGAAAGCAUUGCUUGCAUUGGGUGGCCUCAAAGAUAGACAGUUAUACUUAGCUACAAAAAAGGUGCCAUGACAUGACAUGUAUACGUUGCCUUCUUUAUAUAUAAGUGCCAAAAAGUUUUUCACCCUCACCCCCUGAGUCACGAUUCUCAACCCCGUUAUGGCGAUAUGUGACAGAUUACCAUAGAAGAUUAUACCCGUCGUGCCACGCUCGCCAGGAAAGACUGGCUCUGACUGGAAAUCUUCGGACAUAGAAAUAUUUCACUGUCGAUUCACAUCAUCCCGACAAGCAUUUGCGUCUUCGAAGCAAUAUUCAU